AUGAUGAAAAAGAUUGAUAUUUUUGGAAGUGAAAUGCUCUUGAGAUUUAACGGAUCCUCUUCAUUUCACACUAAUUUUGGCUCAUUUAUAACAAUAAUGAUUGUGGGAUUUAUUUCAUUUCGUUUAUUUUUUAUUGUAUUAGAUGUUUUUCAAAGGAAUAAUCCUUAGGUUAUCUACAAUGAAAGAUAAGUAGACGAUCCUGCUCCUUUUCAAGCUUCUAGUAAAACAUUUCCUAUUGCUUUUGGUAUGGAACAUCCGGUAACUAAUAAUUACUAUAUUGAUGAGAGUAUUUAUACUAUUACCGCUUAGUGGAGAUAAAAGUUUUUAGUCUACAACGAAACUACAAAAUAGCAUGUAACAAUUUGGAAUAUAACUAAUAUUUAAUUAUAAAAAUGCUCAAUAGAAAAUUUCUAAAAUCUUGAUAACUAACACUACUAUACAUAACUAAACUAUACAAGUAUGUACUGUUUACCUACAGAUUACUAAUAUAUAAUUUAAGGGGAUUUUCCUUCUUUAGAAUACUCACUCAUUUAAUUGACUAUUUAAUAAUGCUCAUAAAACUGUAAACCAAAAAGUGAUUUAGACUUUUAUUUAUAAAAGGCAAAUUUUGGAUUAUAGCUUUCUGAUUCUUAUGUAGAUCCAACAAUUAAGAAUAAUCCCUUUAAGAUAUACUCUAGGGAUAUGUUUUGGCGAACAAGUACUUAGAUACCUAAGGAUGUAACUUUGUAUAUUAGGAAUAAUUAUGUUUAUAGUGAUUUCGGGUGGUUUUUUUCAGAUAUCACUACGUAAUCGUUUCCUGCUUAUAGUUACUACGAAGUUAGUGAUUAUCCACCAAAUUCAUAAAAGUACUUCUUGAGUAUACUUUUUAGAUUCGAAAAGCAAAAAGAAGGAGUGUACAAAAGGACAUAUAAAAACUUCAAUAGCAUAAUGUCAGAAAUUGGAGGUUUUACUCAGAGUCUCCUUGCUAUUGGAUAUUUAUUUUGCAAAAAAUUUUCAUAAAUAAAAUUAAAUUUAAAGUUGAUAAAUGAGGCAUUUAAAUAUGAAGAAGAUGAAAAAAAGAACGAAGAAAAAUUGUGUAAUAAUAAAUAAGAAACAUAAUAAAGAGUAAAAACUUCAAGUUUUCAGCCAAACAAAUUUAAAAAUAAAUUAGACUAAAAAUAUUCUACUCAAGAGAUUGAACAAACGUAAAAUGUUUUAAGAAAAAGAAACUUUUUAGAUAGAAAAGAAAGUGUGGAUGUGAAGUAGAAUUAAAAUGAGAUGAUUCUAAAUAGUCCGUUUUAGUCAGAUAAAAAUAUAUUAAAUUAAUAUUAAGAGUAAUAAUAAAAAUACAAAUAGAUUAACAUUCAAAACUUACUUAGUGGGAUUGAUGAAUCUGAUUUUAUUAAAAGUAACGAACCAAAAUUUGAUCAGCUUGAAAGGAAUUACUAUUAAUAAUAAAAAACCAAAGAAACUGAAUUCAAAUAACUCAUGGACAAACAUACAAAGACUAUGAAAAUAAGUGCUUGGGAAUAUUUUAAAUCAUUUAUUUUUCCUUCAAGUGAGUAUAAAAGAAAGAAAAAAAUAAUUUAGUACAGCGUUGAUAAGUUAUACUAUAAUUUAGACAUAUUUAAUAUCUUAAAGAAAUUUAUAGAGGUAGAAAAGUUAAAAAGAUUACUUUUAGAUCAAGAUUAAUAAAAACUAUUUGAUUAUUUGCCUAAACCUACAAUUUAACAGGAUUUAGUGUUGAAAUAAGAAAUCAAAGAAAGUUGGGAUUAGAAAAACAAAGAAAUAGAUUUACUCUAUCAAGAUAAUCGAUCAGAUUUACAAAAAGCCAAUGACGCUUUUUAGGCAUACUAAAAAAUAAUCAAAAAAUCUAAUUGCACCAAAUUAGAUUAAAAAUUAAUUGAUUUACUUGAUCCUAAUUUAUUAAAAAUAUUUUAGGAUGCUACUGAUUAAAAGUAGCUCAAUUCAUUAGGCAAACAUAACUUGUAAACGUUUAUAAGAAGCAAAUCAUCUAGAAUAGAUUUCGUUAAACUAGUCAGAUAUAAGUAUUCAAGAAGAAUUUGUAAAAGUUGA